GACGAAUUCAAUAUUCAUAUUGUAUGUAAGCAUUUUUAUGCUUAUAGAGUCUAUUGACCAUUCUUUAGGAGUAACGAUAUGGCAUUAUCCAAGCCAUUUGUUCAUGAUACGGGACAGGAGAAAUUUGUGAUUGCUCAGAACUAUUUGGAGUGUGGCACUGAAGACUGUAAGAAGAACUGUCAGUUUUACUGCAAUGAUUGUCACCAACAAAUGUGUGAACAAUGCAGAGAUGAACAUCAGAAGAGUCCAGAUACCAAGAACCAUGAAGUGGUCCCUUACAGACAACACAAAAGACAACUUCCUGUGGAGAAAUGCAAAGAUCAUCCAAAUAAAGAUAUAGACAUUCUCUGUGAGGACUGUCAAGUUCCCAUAUGUUCUAAAUGUGCAAUACAAGACCAUAGAAGACAUGCCCUGAAUGAUUUAGAGACAAUUUAUUCAGAGGGAUUCACUCUUUGCCUAGACAAGAUCUAUAAAAUUCAUCAAUAUUUUCUCCCAACUUCUCAAGAUAUACAAAAAGAUAUUGUAAAUGAUGCCAAAGAAAUCAAAACAACUAUGGAUGAUGUAAGAGAAUCUCUGAAGUUUGAAGCUGAAACUCUUAAAAGUCUUAUAGACACAGUGAUAUCAGAAAAUAUAGAAAAAGUCAACAAAAUGGAAGAGUCACUGAUGGAGCAACUUCAGAGCCAAGACAACACAUACAAAGAUUACAUCUCCUAUCUUGAGGGGCUUGUCAGAGAGUUCCAUGGCUACCUUUCCUAUGCUAAACUUCAAGACAAUCCACUAAUUUUCUCGCUUGCUGACCGCCUUAAUAUCCAACCUAUACCAGAAACUGCCAAACCAGUCUCUCCCGUAUUUACAGCUGGUCAAUACAUCAAGGAAGAUGUCUCUAAACUACUAGGUAGAGUAACUAUUCCAGAUAUAAAACCAGAGAUCAGAGAAAUAAAGCCCUCAGAAACUACCUCUACAGAGUUGAAACCUAAAGAUAAACAAACUCUCUCUCUGUCCUCUGUCACCAAGAUGAGGGAGUUUAAAGUACCAGGUGUCGGCAGUGCACAUCAUAUGUCAUUAGAUAAAAUGGACAGCAUCUGGGUCAGUGAUUGGAUAGGUAAUCUUGUUCAUGCAGAUCUACAGGGGAAUCAACUAAAGAAAAUACAAACCAGUGGUAGACUUGAAGGCUACCACACAGUUACCCAGGACGGGAAUCUAAUCUAUACAGACAAAGACAGCAAAGUCAUCAAUAAAACUAUACCAUAUAAUUAUAAAACUACUAGAUUCAUUGAAACAGGAGACUGGACACCAAUCAGCAUACACUCCUCCCGCAUUAACGGGGAAAUACUGGUGGGGAUGAAAAAAAGUGGAGAGGCUAAAGUCACCAGGUACAACAAGACAGGAGAGGAAAUACAGAACAUACAGAGAGACAAAGAUGGACAGGAACUUUAUAGGAAUCCAAACUACAUCACAGAAAACAUCAAUGGUGAUAUCUGUACAUCAGACUAUGACAAAGAAGCUGUAGUAGUGGUGAACAAAUCGGGACAACACAGGUUCUCCUACACAGGUCCGUGGUCUAAGUUUUGUCCUUGCGGAAUCUGUACCGAUAUCCUUGGCCACAUCCUUGUGUCGGAUAGUAUUAGCAAUGCAUUUCAUAUUCUGGAUCAGGACGGUCAGUUCUUGUGUGUGCUUCUCACAGAGAAACAAGGGGUGAAGCGCCCCCGUGGGGUGUGUGUGGAUGAGGAGAACAAACUCUAUGUGGGACAAGGUCUCAUCAACGAAGUGACAGUAUACGAGUAUCUGCAGUGAUGAUCUUUACUGUGUAAAGAAUUCUUCUUUUGUUGAAAGUACAUACCCCCGGUUCCCAUUUCAUUGUUUAAAUCUAGAUUGAUUAUCUAAUAAAACAAACUUUUAUUGUGUUUA